AUGCCAUCACCCGAAGAAAAGACCACGACGUCUUCCGCAAUUGACCAAGAUUUGUUGAAAACGACCGAAAAAGAAGCCGAGUUCAAUGUCAUCGAUUUUCCAGAUGCACCAAAGGUCGUGUUGGCGCAGGGCGAAGUCGUUGGCUUGAGCAUUGUCACUGCGAACGGAAAGAUCCUUGACGCCUAUUUCGGAGUGCCUUAUGCCGAGAAACCCGUGAGGUUCGCUCGUGCCAAAGAGAUCAGAGCGUGGACAGGUGUCAGAACGGCCUUCGUCGCGAGAGAUCCGUGUCCUCGGAGAAACCCGGGAAUCGUUAUUGAAUCGUGUCUGUACCUCAACGUCUUGAAGCCGCGAGGGAGCGAAAGCCUUCCUCUUCUCGUCUGGUUCCUCGGUGACGGCAUGAACGGCGAAGAAGAUUCUCUUCGAAUGAACUUCUCUGCCUUAGCAGCCACCGAAAACAUUGUUGUAAUAACAGUGUCGUUCAGAGUGGGUGUUUUCGGUUUUCUCAAUGCAUCGCUGGAUGACAUUCAAGGAGACAUCGGCAUACACGAUCAAAGGCUUGCGUUGGAAUUCAUCAAUGAGAACGUAGAAGCAUUCGGCGGCAGGCGAGACAAAAUCACAAUAGGGGGAUUUGGCUUUUCUGGUUCCAUCGCGGGUAUGCAUCUGCUGGACGAAACGGCUUCGCAUCUCUUCCAGAGAAUCGUCCUACUCUCGGGAACUCCGUUCAUGUUGAACAGAAAAACGUUCAGGAAUCCUCUCCAUGAAUUUCUACGGGUCGUGCGAUGCGAUGCUCUGGACCCAGUUGAAACUGUGGAGUGCAUCAGGAUGAAGCAUACCUCCGAGCUGCACUCGGGACUGAACUUCGGUCCGAAUUCCGGAGGCGGAACGAAUCUUCCAGGUUAUACUAGCGGGAAUGCUAAGAUUCGAGGACAACAAAUCCUGCUCGGCUCGUACGCGUACAGCGGGUGGAAAGACGACACCGACAUCAGGGAGUUUGUUUCGUCGAGAGAUCCCGAUUCAGACAGAUUGGUCAUGCUCAAAGAGGCUGUGGAGCUUUGCUUCGACUCGCCUAUGGCUUCGGUGGAGAACAGGAACAUUUUCCGCGCCUAUGCUCCCUCGGCGCCGAAUAAUCUUCAAGGGAAGAAUUUCGGACCCGAGAUCCUCAGACUGAUCGGGGAGAUGAGACAGGAUCUGCUGCAUCGCUGCGCCAGCUAUUUCUGGGCUCGAAAUUCGGGUCUUGCGAAUGAAAUCUUCGUCUUCGAAAUAGAGUUUUCGGAGAAGCCUCGGAGCGAGUUAAAAUUCCUCCUGGAUCCUUCGAAUGACAUCGACCGAAGUCGGAAGUCGUCCGAUCUGAGCCGCGACGUCAGACAGCAAUUGGUAUCCUUCAUCAGGGGAGGGUAA